AUGACUCGGGUUGCUUGGAGAAUCGCAGUACAAUGUGCUUCUCUAAGAUCAGCACCUCAACGACAAUUCCAUACUGUUCGACACGCUCGUGUGUUUAGAGGCUAUGCACCUGCAUGUAACGCGACACCUGCCAUGGAACGUCAAACACGUUGCUUCCAUGCUUCUGCUCCCAACCAGGCUGCCAAACGUGAUCCAUACGAAGUAUUAGGUGUCAACAAGAAUGCAAGUCAAGGCGAUAUCAAAAAGGCUUACUAUGCGCUUGCGAAAAAGUAUCAUCCAGACACGAACAAGGAGAAGGAUGCUCGUGAAAAGUUUGUUCAAAUCCAAGAAGCAUACGAGAUCUUGUCUGAUGAGCAAAAGCGUAAACAAUAUGAUCAAUUUGGCUUUGGAUUUGAAGGUGCUGGCACAGGACCAGGCGGUUUCCAUGGUAGCACAGGAGGUGGUGCCGGUGGUGGAUUCCCUGGUGGAUUCGAUCCCAAUGAUAUUUUCAGUCAAUUCUUUGGUGGUGGAUUCGCUGGUGGUUUUGGUGGUGGAGCUGGUGGUGGUGGUAUGGGUGGUUCUCCAUUCCGUAAUGCACCCGGUGAAAAUAUCCAGGUUCCUUUGUCUAUUUCAUUUAUGGAAGCUGUCAAGGGUACAACAAAGAGUGUCAUUGUGGAUCGUGUAACAAAAUGUACCACGUGCAAGGGUUCUGGAUUGCAACACGGCAAGACAAAGCAACAAUGUUCUGUAUGCCAUGGCUCAGGUGUACAAACCAUCAGCAUGGGUGGAUUCCAUAUGCAAACAACAUGCUCUGCUUGUGGUGGUCUUGGAUCAGCCAUUCCCCCAGGUGCAGGUUGCCAUACAUGUGAUAGUGUAGGCAAGGUCCGAGAACACAAGACUGUCAAAGUAAAUAUCCCAGCUGGCGUCGAUCAGAAUUCUCGAGUCCGUGUCCCAGGUGAAGGUGAUGCUCCUAUUAAAGGACAAGGACCCAAUGGUGAUCUCUUUGUUACUUUGAAUAUCCAACCAUCGUCGAUCUUCCGUCGACAAAAUUAUGACGUCUUUGUUGAUGCCAAGAUUCCUUUCUACAAAGCUAUGCUUGGAGGUCGUGUACGCAUUCCUACCAUUGAUGGUGAUGUGGAGCUUCGAAUCCCUCAAGGUUCUCAACCAGGUGAUAAUGUCGCUUUACGGGGGCGAGGUAUUCAAAGUCUUCGAGGAUCUACACGAGGUGAUCAAAUCGUCACAUUAAAGGUCGAGCUCCCAAGAUCUCUUCGUGGUGAACAACGUGACAUCAUUGAGAAAUAUGCAAGCUUGGUUGAUCCAGAAUAUCGCAAGGAUGACCCACCAGUUCCUCCUUCAACGCCUCCUCCAACCCCACCUCCAUCUGACAAUGAUGCUCCUCAAGAUAACAAGAACAAUGAUGAACAAAAGGAAGGCUUCUUCAAAAAUGCUUUCGGCAAACUCAAGGAUAAGCUUAACCAUGAAUGCGACGAAGGAGAUAAAAAGAAACCCAAAGAUUAG